AUGACCGCGCUGCACGCCCCCGCUCUGCUGCUGCUGCUCGGCCUCAGCGCCGCCGCCUGCUUCCAGAUGCUGCCGGAGGAGGCUGCUCCCCGCCGGGCACGCUUCUCCUCCAACAGCCCCACUGAUGUGGCCAGAUGUUUGAACGGAGCCGUUGCCGUGGGCUGCGGCUUCUUCUCCUGUCUGGAAAACUCGACGUGCGACACCGACGGGAUGCACGAGAUCUGUGAACACUUCCUGCACACAGCUGCUACCUUCAACACGGAGGGGAAGUUGUUUGUGAAGAAGAGUCUGCACUGCAUCUCUCAGGGAAUCACAGCCAAGAUCUUCCAAACCAUCCGCCGCUGCAACAUCUUCCAGAGGAUGAUCGCUGAGGUGCAGGAAGAGUGUUACACCAGUCUCGAUAUCUGCACGGUGGCUCGUACCAACCCUGACGCCAUCGGAGAGGUGGUGCAGGUUCCCGCUCACUUCCCCAACAGGUAUUACAGCACUCUGCUGCAGACGCUGCAGACCUGCGACGAGCAGACGGUCGCAGCGGUGCGUGCAGGCAUCAUCGCUCGGUUAGGCCCAGACAUGGAAACCUUCCUCCAGCUGAUCCAGAACAAACCCUGCUCCACCGGCUCCGGAUCGGCCGCCUACAACAACCCGUCCAGCUGGAAGAACAUGCCCGUGUUCAACAUCCAGCCCGGCUUCAGGGGCCGAGACCCCACCCACCUGUUCGCCAGGAAGAGAUCCGUAGACGACAGGAUGGGCGAGGAGGUGGUGAAGGGCGAGGAGUAA